CAAUGUUCAAUUUCUUUGAAGUGUUGGCAGGUGAUAUGGGAUUCUGCUGCUAAGACCUCUCGCUGUGUUGUAUACAAAGAAAACUUAUACAAAGUGAUGCUGCAUUGGUAUAAGACCCCUGUAGUGCUCCAUGCAAUUACCCAAAUCUGUCUGAUAAGUGAUGGAGAUGCAUGGGAGGAGUAGGGGUGGACUGACCAUUUGGAAAUUUGGGCACUGCCUGAGGGCCCGGGGUCAGUAUUGGGCCCCAUGAGAUGCGCCUGGUACCUUUUUCAUAGGCUUUUUUUUGAGUUUGGGCAAGGACACAGGGGCCCCAUGAUCCCAUAUUGCCCGGGGGCCCCAUGAGUUGUCAGUCCGCCCCUG